UGCAAUCCCUGUUGGAGUGGAUGUUCAGGUGGAAAGCUUGGACAGCAUCUCUGAAGUUGAUAUGGACUUCACCAUGACCUUGUAUCUGAGACACUACUGGAAGGAUGAGCGUCUGUCCUUCACCAGCAGCACCAACAAGAGCAUGACAUUUGAUGGCCGUCUGGUGAAGAAGAUCUGGGUCCCUGAUGUCUUCUUUGUCCAUUCUAAAAGAUCCUUCAUCCAUGAUACCACCACCGACAACAUCAUGCUCCGUGUUUUUCCUGAUGGGCAUGUGCUCUACAGCUUGAGAGUGACAGUGACAGCAGCGUGUAACAUGGACUUUAGUCGAUUUCCUCUGGAUUCUCAGACCUGUUCACUGGAGCUGGAGAGUUAUGCUUACACAGAUGAAGAUUUGAUGCUAUACUGGAAGAGCGGUGAUGAGUCCCUCAGCAUUGACGAUCGUAUCUCCUUAUCACAGUUUCUUAUUCAGAAGUUCCACACCACAUCUCGCUUGGCCUUCUACAGCAGCACAGGCUGGUACAAUCGUCUCUACAUCAACUUCACAUUGCGACGCCACAUCUUCUUCUUCCUGCUGCAAACAUACUUUCCUGCAACCCUUAUGGUGAUGCUUUCAUGGGUGUCAUUCUGGAUUGACCGCCGGGCUGUUCCGGCCAGAGUCUCCUUGGGCAUCACUACAGUGCUAACCAUGUCCACCAUCAUUACUGGAGUGAAUGCCUCCAUGCCCAGGGUGUCCUACAUUAAAGCUGUGGACAUUUACCUCUGGGUCAGCUUUGUCUUUGUCUUCUUGUCUGUGUUGGAGUAUGCCGCUGUCAACUACCUGUCCACUGUCCAGGACCGCCGGGAGCGCAAGAUGAGAGAAAGGGCACGGUCUCAGUCACUGCCCUGCACUUGUGAUAUUUCCCAAACACGAACCAUGACCAUGUUGGAUGGUACCUACAGUGAGGCUGACACCAACAGCUUGGCCGGCUAUACUGAAGAGCCCAUGAUGCCUGAGGAUGUACAGGCAGAGAUGCACGAGGUUUCUGACAAACCUGAACAUAUGGUGGUCCACCUGUCAGUAAGUAGCGAGUCCACAGCCACUAAGAAGAAGAAGACCCUUCGUGCACUCAACAUCAUCCAGAACACACAUGCCAUUGACAAAUACUCCCGAAUGAUUUUCCCUGGCUCAUACAUUUUCUUUAACCUUAUCUACUGGUCAGUCUACUGCUGAACACCACUGUCAAUCAAGACUGAGGCCAGGGACAUUAACACAUACAGACAGUAUGAAUGCUACAUCCAUACUGGGCUAAGAGUGCUGUUGUAAUGAUGUUGGAUGCAGCUAAAUCAUUAAAAUGAAGGACAUGAGCAAAAAGUGUCUUGCUCAUGUCACUUUGGGAUGCAUUGGAGCACUCUUUUUGAGUUGUUUCCCCCAUGCAGCAGUUUGAGCGUUAGACACUUUCUGUUAAGACAACAGAAAGUGCUGUUGAAUGCUGUUUUAAACCACUGAUGCUAAUUCUUGUAGUUUCUUUUAGCUUUGUCAGUUGUUAGCUGCUGUGGAAAAGGUGUUUGUCCUAAUUACUACUAUUCCCGAUAUGAUGAAGGAACAGUAUGUUUUGUAUUUUAAUUGUAUAGAUCAAGAUACUGUAUAUUGUGUGUGUAUUUAUGCUGUGAGGUAUUCUGUUGAUUGGAAUAUGUAUUUAUAUUGAUUAUGAUUGAUUUUUGAUUUCAUAAACUGAAAAUCACAAUGACCAUCACAUUUUUAGGUUUAUCAUGAUUAUUUUUUUCAUAUAUGUAGAAACUCAUAUGAACUCAUAUUUUUUAAGCCAGUUAUUUCAGCUGAAAACAUGUUCUAUCUUAAUUUUGAGGACAUGUAAAUAAGCUCCUUUGCUUUAACAUGGACAGCCGCUGCCAUUUUCCUGUCAGGUGCAGCAUUCUCACUAAACAUCGAAUAGAGUUCCAAAAAAUAUGGGUCGAAAUCCAAACAUUUUUGUGCAGUUUGGGUCCAAAAAUAUGAAGAAAAUGGGCAUCCUCUGAGCUCAUCUUCUUAUCACAGAUGGCAAACAUUUGCCUGAACACAAAGUCCAAGUGAAUGUCAACUUUGCCCUGACAGUAGAUAAAAAUACAAACUCAGGAUUACCAAAGUCAAGAUCAAAAAAAUUGUAUACCAAAGUUCUUUACAUUGUAAACCAUAACUGCAGUGAUAUUUCACUCAGCUCAGACACUUGAACUAAAGGUCAACCUACUACACAGGUCAAGUGUCAGUUGAUAUUAGGAGUUGGGCUUAUCAGCACAACAAUAACAACUGAACAAUAUCUCAGGUGCCAUUAACACUUUGCAGCAGAUGGAUCAAAACACUUAAAACUGACUUAAAAAAACAUCCAACUCUCAGAGGACUGAGAAUUAUGUGGAUAUGCAAAUCUGAGUUUGUGUUUGUCUCAAGAUAUGAUGUGAAGAACAUAUUAGGCUGUGCAUGGCUCAAAACAGGGCUGUGCAUGGCUGCUAUUUUCCACACUUCUAUAGCUGAAUGAAAGCCUGAGUGGCACCCACACCCAGUGUGGAAAGACCUCUUCUUCUUUUUUUAAAUCAUAUUUAAAAUUUGGAUUUUUUUUAAUGCAAUGGCAACAGUCUAGGGUGGGGAGGUUGAAAAUUCAGCGUGUUCUAAUGAUUUUAACUGAGAGAUAUCAACAACAGGGUAAUGGAGCUAACAACAUGCAGUCUGGUUAAAAUGACUUUUUUUUUCAAAUAUUUUAAAGUUCAGCUUUGCAAACUAAAGGAACAGUACGUGGUAAAUUUAAUCACUGUGAGGCAUAUAAGGUGGAGUCCAUUCUUAAGCUCUUAAAAUAUAUUAUACUCUAACCAAUCAUAAUCAUUGACAAGAAGUAGCACAGUGAUGAUUAUUCAUUCAGAUAGCAAUAUGGACAGGGUAACAUCACCAUUAUUUUGCAUUUUCUAGCCAAAGUUAGUGGAACAGAGGGUAGAGGUUUAAAUGGGCCCAGCCCCAUCCUCCAUCAUCAGAAAGUUCAUGACAAACACCAACUUUUUAGAAGACGCAAUAUUGGCAUUUGGGAUGCACUGCAGCACAUGAGAAAAAAACACAACCUUUUUUUUAAAAUACAAUUUUGUUUUCAUAUUCUACAUUGCUCUUACAUGGCAGUUUGUUAAACCAUGACACCGUGAUAAAGGAUAUCCAGCACAGGAAAACAACUCACCAACUGCCACAAAAAGACUCCAAUUUAAAGCGUUCAUUAACAUGUCUGCAGUCCAUCAACUGUUAAUGAAACACCAUUAAUGGGGUGGAUUAGAGAAAAUCCUAAAUAAGUUCAAAUUGGUGCGCCCAGUUCUUAAGUCAUUAAACAUGUAUGCUAUACAUUCAUUCUACCCUGGUAAAAGAACAGUUCAAAGGAAUCAUUAAAAUUCCCCAAAUUACAAUGACAUUCAUGUCCAUGAUGAGUGUAUGCAAACUUCUAACCACAGCAACAUAUAAUCAUCUCAGAGAGGCAGUGUCUCAGAAGUAAACAUGCUCAGAGGUUUGCCAAUCUGCAAAAAACACUUGACUAAUUUCAGAAUCAUGUUCCUCAAUGUAAAAUUGCAAAGGUCUGAAAGAUCUCAUCAUCUACAGUACAUAAUUUUAAAAGAUUUAGAGAAUCUGAAAAAAUCUCUGUACAUAAGGGACAAGGCUGAAAAUUGGAUAAUUGGAUGCCUGUGACCCUCGGACUCUCAGAUGCCAGUGCAUUAAAAACAGGUCUGAUUCUGUCAUGGAAAUCCCUUCAUGGGCUCAGGAACACUUCCAGAAAUCAUUGUCUGUGAACACAGUUUGCUGGUUGCAGGUUCAGAAACCAUAUGUGAGCAUGAUCCAGAAACACCACCAUCUUCUCUGAGCCAAAGCUCAUUUUAAAUGGACUGAGGUAAAAUCAAAACUGGAAAUUCUUUUUGGAAAACAUGGGCACCACAUCCUCUGGAAAGAAAAGAGGUACCACCAGCCUUAUUAUCAGCACUCAGUUUAAAAGCCUGCGUCUCUAACAGUACGGGAAUGCACCAGUCCCUAUGGAAUUGACACCAUCAAUGCUGAAAGGUAUGUACUGGUUUUAAAACCGCUAAUCAUGAUCAUGGUUAAAGUCAUGAUUAAACAAACUGCCACAUAAGACCAGUGUAGAACGUUCCCAUCCAGACAGCAUCUUUUUCCUGGCAGGCCAUGCAUAUUUCAACCAGACAAUGGUAAACCACAUACUGCACCUAUUACAACAGCAUUGCAUCGUACUAGAAGAGUCCAGGUGCUGAACUGGCAUGCCUACACUCCAGACUUUUGACCAACUGAAAACAUUUGAUGCAUUAUUAUACAAAAAGUAUGAGAAAGAAGACCUAGGACUGGCAGCAAUGGCCCAACAAUCCACUCCCAAACGUCCUACAGCUGGUCUCCUCAGUUUCCAGAUGUUUAUGUCUUUGCCACCAUGGUUUCCCCAACACACACAAUCCAACACAACUUUCAUGUUAUGCCUGCUUCCUUUAUUUUCAUGUUACACACAGUCUUUACUGUCAUUUUUAGACGAUGCCCAGUCCCCUCAGUUUGAUUAGUUGUCAGAGCCUGAUAAACAGAUGUGCCAGCCAGCCUCUCCCAGCACCCUCUGCUCCACCCCUCACCUGAAACCAAAUCCACACCUCGCUGCCACAAAGAGGUUUCAUAGUGAACAUGGUAAACAUGCUCUUGUCCAUAGUUUUUUGAACAUGUUGCUGCCAUAAAUUCAAAACGAUCUAAGGUUUUUCUCAAAGUCAUAUAUUUUCCCAGUUUAAACAUUUGAUAUGUUUUCUGUG